CUAAAAUUUCACUCACAGUCACACACACGCAUUACAUAGACAAGAAAAGAAGAGAUCAAAUAUGUUGACUUUUGCUUGACUUCAACAACGCAACAACGUUUUAAGGUGUCAAAAGAAGAAACAACAUCGAGCAAUGACGGAAUUUGUUAAUCUCAUUCUUCAACCUGUUGUUGAUACUCUCAAGGUUCACGUCAAAAAACACAUAGUGUACAUGACGUCAUGCAAAAAGUAUGUCACAGAGAUGGAGAGAAAUAUGGGGGAGUUGAACAAUACAAGAAUCGAUGUUGAAGACCACGUGAAUCAGAACAAACGUAAUAAACUAAAGGUUCCAGAUCAGGUCAAAGGUUGGUUGGAAGAUGUUCAAGUGGUCAAUGCAAAAGUGGAAAGCCUUGGAGAAAUAAGUGUUGGCAGUUGUUUCAGUUUCAAGACUAGGCAUGGUGUUGGGAAAAGAGCUUUCGGGCUUAUUCAAGAAAUUAAACACCUAAAAGAACACUCUAAUAUCGAGUGGACCAAUCAGCCAAUGAUUUUUGGAGAAGUUGAUUCCAUGAAGGCGUCCUCCUCUUCACCAUCAGAUCACACUGACUUUGGAUCCAGAGAGGAAACCUUUGAGAAAGCACAGAAAGCACUAGAACCAGGCCACAAAUCACACAUGAUAGCUUUGUGUGGGAUGGGCGGAGUUGGGAAGACCACAAUGAUGCAAAAGCUGAAAGCGAAUGUCACGAAAAAGAGAAUGUUUGAUCUUAUUGUUGAGGCGGUUAUAGGGGAAAAGCCAAACCUCAUUGCUAUUCAGGAUGCCAUAGCUGAUUGCCUCAACAAAAAUCUUGAAAAGAAAACUGUACCAGUAAGAGCUGUUAUGCUUCAGGAUUGGUUAAAGAAGUAUUCAGAAGGAGGUAACAAAAAGAUCCUAGUGAUACUUGAUGACGUAUGGCAGUUGGUUGAUUUCAAGGAUAUUGGUUUAAGUCCUCUUCCAGAUCAAGGUGUCGACUUUAAAGUCUUGUUGACAUCACGGAACAGAGAUGUUUGCACAAGCAUGGGUGUUGUGGCUAAUUCAAUUUUCAAUGUGAAUGUCUUGGAAGAAGCAGAAGCACAAGAUUUCUUCUGGAAAUUUAUAGAAGAUUCAGGUGAAGCAGUUUUGGAUCCUGAUCUUCGUAAGUUAGGAGAUAAUAUUGUAAGAAGAUGCCAGGGUUUGCCCAUUGCUAUUAAAACCAUCGCAAUCACUCUUAGAGGUAAAAGCACCGCUAUGUGGAAAGAUACACUUACCAAGUUACAACACCAUGACAUAGGCAAAACCUUGAAUGAAAUUUUUCAAGUCAGCUACAACAAUCUUGAAGACGAGGAGAUUCAAUCAAUUUUUUUGCUUUGUGGUUUAUAUCCCGAAGACUUUGAUAUUCCUAGAGAGGAGUUGAUGAUGUACAGAUGGGGUUUGAAGCUAUUUAACGAAGUAGAUACUAUAAAUGAGGCAAGAGACAGGGUGAAUGCUUGCAUUGAGCAUCUUGUUAAUGCAAACCUGUUAAUUGAAAGUAAUCACGCUGGGAGCAUCAAGAUGCAUGAUCUCGUGCGCUCUUUUGUUUUAAAAAUGUAUUCUAAAGCUGAGCAUGGUAAUAUGUUAUGGUGGCCUGCAAAUGAUACAUCCGACUCUUGCAAAAUAACUUCGCUAGCAUGCAAGGGCAUGAAAGAGUUUCCAAGAGACUUCAUGUAUCAAAACCCGUCAUUUUUGAAGCUAACGCAUGGAGAUAAGUCGCUAAGAUUUCCCGAAAACUUUUAUGGGUUAAUGGAGAAGCUUCAAGUUAUAGUAUAUGAAAAAAUGGAGUAUUUAUUGCUUCCCACAUCAUCUCAAUGCUCCACCAACCUUCGAACACUUUGUCUGCAUGAGUGUUCAUUUAUGUUUGAUUGUCGUUCUAUUGGAAGUCUUUUGAAUCUAGAAGUGCUUAGCUUUGCUCACUGUAGAAUGCGAAAAUUGCCAUCCACAAUCGGAAAUUUGAAGAAGCUCAAACUACUAGAUUUGACAGGUUGUGUUAAUCUUCAUAUUGACGAUGGCGUCUUAAAAGAAUUGGUCAAGCUUGAAGAGCUUUAUAUGAGGGUUGCUGAUAAAAAGGCCAUUAGCUUCACAGAUGGAAAUUUCAAUGAAUUAGCUGACCGUUCAAGAAACCUUUUCGCAAUAGAAAUCGAGCUCUUUGGAAACAAUACUCAUCCGAAGAGAAUGUCGUUUAACAAACUUGAGAGAUUCAAGAUUUCCAUAGGAAGCUUUUUAGAAAAGAAAGAUGAAAAGACAACAUCAUACGAAAACACAUUGAUGUUGAUCUCCAACAAGGGUGAACUUUUGGAAUCUAGAAUCAAUACGUUGUUUGAGAAAACAGUUGUGCUUCAUUUGCAAGUGGACGACAUGGAUGUUCUUGAAGAUUUUAAAUGCUCUUCGUUCCAUAGGUUAAGAGUCCUUAACAUUUCGAAGUGUGCACAACUGAGGUACCUAUUCACACGUCGUGUUGCUUCAUUUUUGUCGAGGCUUGAGCAUCUUGAAGUCUGGUCAUGUUAUACUUUGCAAACACUCAUACUAGAUGAGAAUAAUGGAUCGGAACCAAUCAAACUUCCGAGUUUAAAGUUUCUAUCUUUGCGUGGCUUACCAAAGCUAGCAGGUUUGUGCAAUACCGGCAAUAUAAUUGAGUUACCUCAGCUCAUGGAGUUGCAACUUGAUGGCCUUCCGGAAAUCACAAGCAUUUUUCCAGACGAUAAUUUGGCAUCAUCAUCUAUGUCGAGUGAUACUUCCACGAUGCAACCUUUCUUGAAUGAAAAAGUUGCUAUUCCUAGAUUGGAGACGUUGCGGAUUUUUCAAAUGAACAAGUUGAGCAAGAUAUGGUCAAGUGAAGUUACUCGUAAUGAAAACGUUAGUUUUUCCAUGUUGAAAACGAUUAAGGUUGAAAAAUGUGAUAGGCUGGUGAAUGUGUUUCCAAGAAACCCAAUGCGAUUGCUACAUCAUCUAAAACAACUUUCAGUAAAAUAUUGUGAUUCCAUUGAAACAAUAUUCAAUAUUGACGUGGGAUGUGUUCCUGAAAUUACGAGGGAAGUAAGUAGCAGCCUGGUAAGCAUUGUCGUACGCGAUUCACAAAGUCUAAGACACGUGUGGAGUCUGGAGAAUGUAGACAGCUCUUAUAAUGUUAAUCACCAUAUCUGUGGAUUUGAAGCUGUAGAAAGUAUAGAGAUAGAUAAUUGUGUCAAUUUUAGAAAUGUAUUCACGCCUAUCACCGCCGACUUUAAUUUGAAAGGGCUUCAAAAAAUUGAUAUUGAUUAUGGCAAGAAAUCAUCAGUUGAGAGUAGCCCAGAGCAACAGAAUAACGCUAUAACCAGGGAUAUUGCAUUCUCAAAUCAUGUCAGACGUACAUUCCAUCAACUUCGUACACUUACUUUGAAACACGGUGAAGAAACAGAAGUGGUGUUUGACAUAGAGAGUGCAAGUCGUGGAGAAUUGUCGACUUCUCAAAACAAUCAUAAUCAACUACUUCCCUCCCUUGAGGUUUUAGAUUUGAUUCAUGUGUGGAAAUACAAUUGGAAACAAUUCUUCAUUCUUCAACCACCAAAAUCCUUAUGCCAAAACCUCACAAAAAUAAGUUUAAAUAGAUGCCGAAGCAUUGAAUAUUUGUUUUCACCCAACAUGUUUAAAUUGCUCUCCAACUUAAAGCAUGUGGAUAUAAAGCAUUGUGAAGUUAUGGAAGAAAUUGUUUCUAGCAGAGAUGAUGAAGAUGAAGCAGUGACUACAUCUACUUCCACCCACACAGAUGUUACAUCUUUUCCGAUACUUGACAUGCUCGACCUCCAAUCCCUAGAGAGUCUACAACAUAUUGGUGGGGGUGUUGGUAAUCAAUUCCAGGACGGAGUGUAUACUUAAGUUAAAACCUCCACA